UAGAAGCUCGGCUGUGUGAAAUAGCAGCGGCAUGAGAGUGUAUGAGAGCAAAAACGAGUUUGUCUGUUUCUUUAAUCAGACGAAACUGGACUGAACCAUGGAGAGUAAACUGUGACGGACGACGCAGUUUGGAUUUUAACUCACCUUUACCGACUCCUGACCUGGAGGAAGGGGGAAACCUGAAGACAAAAGCAGAGGGAAUACUCAAGAUAGUGAUUGAGAUUCAUCCAGCCAAAUCAAGCCAGGCCAUGCACACACUAUGACCACAACAAUGGCUGGGCCUGUGAUGUUUACAGUCCUGAUACUUGUUGACCUGCUGUCCCACGCAGGAGUUCAGUGUUUAGGGUCCGAUGAGGGAUCCUCUCUCCGCUCAGGUGUCCUGGACCUCCCAUGGCAGGAUGAGUUGUGCUGUGACUCAACUGCAGCCCACCUCAAUGUGGAGGAAGGGGACACCCAUGCACCUGAGACAAACCGCUCUGAAUCGAACUUCCCACGGGAUCAUCGCUGCAACUUCAGGAGCCUGUCAAGUGGAACACAACCUCAUGAGCCCUCUGCUGGCACCUGUUUUGACGUACUGUGCAGAAUUGAACACUGGGAAAAUUUAACUUGUGAUCUUCAGUCUCACGGUCCGCCCUCAACCACAGUGGAAUUGAGUCUAAUGGCAGUUAGCUUACAGCAUCUGUUGUCUGAAAAAGAUGGAAAAACUGCCUCUAAUAACAAUGUAGUUUGUACAGCAGAGGAUUCCUUCACUUGUUCGCUGGCUAUCGAUGCUACAACAAGCUUUGUUGCCAUGCUAAGUGCUAGCAUCUCAGGCACUGUUGCACCCUCUGUUCUACUUCGGAUUCCUGCUCGCCCUGUGAAACCAAGUCCUCCAGUCAACCUGUCUCACACUCAGACCAUUGAGGCAGAGCUGAUUUUACACUGGGAAGACCCAUCAGACUUUGUCACUGGCCCACUGAGAUACGAGGUCCGAUACUCAUCCAGCACCCAUCAUCCAACCUGGAAGGUGUUGUCUGUACCUGGAGAGCCCUGGUUGUCUCUGGACCUGAAGCCCAGACUGAAUUACAGCAUCCAAGUUCGCUGCUCCAGCCUGAACAUACCUCCUUUGUGGAGCAACUGGAGUGAACCUCACUACAUUUACCUGGACACUGUGAGCUACAUCCCAGAGAAAGUGGUGGUCAAACCCGGGGAGAACGUGACGAUAUACUGCGUGUUCAACGACCACAACAUCAACGCCAGCAUGGCUGUGUGGAUUCUAAACUUCGAUCAACAGCUUCAUCACAGCCACCCAGUCAACCAAUGGGUCAGCCAGAUCACCGUUCGUCCGUCAGAGUCUCGCCUGUAUGACCUGCUGCAGUGCACUCACGGCCUCCCAUACAGUCAGAUCUUUGUAGAAGGAGCUUCUAUUGAUAUAAAGUGUGAAACUGACGAUGGUAUGGACACUAUGGACUGCAGCUGGGACAACAAGCAGUGGACUAACCCCACAUUCAGAUCCAGUUGGGCUGACCUGCCAUGUGAUGUGAUGGAGGAGAAGGAGAGAGCGGGUGAGACGGUGGGGGAGCUGGGGCCUCAAUGCAAAAGACCCAAAGAGAAAACAUGCACCAUCCACCCCCUGAGGAUGAACUGCUACAAACUGUGGCUGGAGGUUCCAUCUAGACUGGGACCCAUCAGGUCUAAACCCGUCUACCUGUCUCCCAUAUAUCACGUGAAACCACUUCCUCCCACUAACGUGAAGGCAGUGAGUCGGAGCAGCCGGAUCCUGACGGUCACAUGGGAAUCUCCAUUACUACCGAGCGAUGGGGUUCAGUGUCAGUUUCGAUACCACCUACUGUCUGCUGUGAGGGAGCAGCUGGAGUGGCAGACCCAGGAUCCUGUGCCCGUGUCGUGGGCGGAGGCCACAGUGGCAGACAUGUGCCGGGUAUAUGUGGUAGAAGUAAGCUGUAUACACAUCAGUGGCGAAGGAUACUGGAGCAAGUGGAGCGAGCCAGUCUACUCCACGCCUGAAAACAGCAAAGCUCCAGAUCACGGUCCUAAUUUCUGGAGGAUUCUUCAAGAUGAUCCAUACAGAAACCAGACUAAUGUCACCCUGCUCUUUGAGCCUCUCCAGAUAUCAGACCUGUCUUACUGCGUAGAAGGAUUCAUAGUGCAGCAACAGACCAUGAGUGGCUCUGUGAUCAGGGCGAAGAUCAAUGUGGCGUCAUCCUACAGCUUUAAGUGGGACCAAUCGCUUCAGACUGUGACAGUAGAGGCCUACAACAGUAUGGGAAGCUCCACAAACAACUUCAACAUGACGCUUGAGAGACAGCCCAAACGUCGUUGUGUACGUUCAUUCACUGCACUGGUCAUCAACAGCACCUGCGUGAUUCUGUCAUGGACUCUGUUGGAGAACAGCUCAGCGCCUCUAUUCAUGGUGGUCCAGUGGUCUCCUCAGGGCCAGCAGGACCCUGAUCACAAAGACCAAAGCUGGGAAACAUGGGCCAGACUGCCUUACACAGAACACCCCGUCUAUCUAGGAGGUGAUUUCUUCGACUCUGAGGAGAGUGCUUUCUACUUGUACCCUGUGUUUGCUGAUGGAGAGGGGGAACCGGUAUACGCAGCAGCCUCCAGAGGAGACCCUGCAGCCUACAUGUUGCUCAUGAUCAUCUCCUUUCUCUCCAUCGUCCUGUUUGUCACCCUGGUCCUCUCCCAAAAUCAGAUGAAAAAGUUUGUGUGGAAGGAUGUACCCAACCCGAGCAAGUGCUCCUGGGCCAAAGGACUGGAUCUCAAAAAGGUUGACUCCUUCAACCACCUGUUCAGGCCUCCAGAGUGCCUCACGGCCUGGCCGCUGCUCCUGCCAUCAGAGAACAUUUCCAAAGUUGUCAUACUGGACAAAGUUGAUAUCUCAGGUCUGACAACUUUAGUCCAAGCUCCUCGAGUGUCCCUCACUGCUGACUCCAUUACGCCGUACGCUUCCUCUCCUACGAGGUUUCACUCAGAAGUCAACCAAGCUCACACCACAAAGAGUGACUUAGUUUUAGAAAAUACUCCUGCUUUCGUUGUCAGUAUUGAUGAUUUAUCAAGUUCAAAUCCACAAACAGAUCAGAUACAGCUAACAGACCAUCCCCCAGGUAGCACUGACAGCUCUGCCCAGUCCUCUGUCGUAUACGCCACCGUGCUGCUCUCAGAUCCCAGGCAGGAUCAUCUAAACUGUAAGGACAGUAGUGGCAGCAGCUCCAGCGAUGAGGGCAACUUCUCAGCCAACAACUCAGACAUUUCUGGAUCAUUCCACGGUGCCCUGUGGGAGCUGGAUGACCCACGGCGCUCCUGCUCCUACAACUCCGUGGAGGAGCUUUCUGAAACAUCCGAGCAGGAGGAUGAAGACACGGUGAGAGAGGAGAAGGACUUGUAUUAUUUAGGAAUGGACUAUCCAGCAGAGGAUGAGGACAGUGAGGACGACGAGGAGCAGAGAGAAGGGGCGAAAAUUGAGCUGCUUAAAAGUGUUGUUUUAAGCCGAGAGGACUCUUUGCUUGAGUCACACCCUUUGCUUGGCACAGAGGACUCAAGCAACUUGAGUGAACCGCUGUCAUCGCCAGCGUGUGACUUCUCUCUGCUGUACCUGCCUCAGUUCAGAACUGCUUCGAGCACGAGGCAACAAGACGGCACCAGCAGCACAGCCCCAGCUGAGAUUGUCACACAGACUGCUUUCAAGUGAAAAUGUGCACCUUAGAAAGCUUUGUGUCAUGAUUCAGCAAUGCCGUUUUGCAUGUGUCCAUUUAGACAUAUUGAGGCUGGAGCUGCAAGAUGUAAAAAUACCUCGACUAGUGUGGUUGAGAAGUGACGUUCAUCAAGGCUGCUAUUGUGUUCUGCAGAAAAAUGACAUGAGGAGGGCACAAGCCUCAUUCAGAGGCAUUUAUUUAUUUCUUUAGGGGGCUUUCAAGCCCAGAUUGUACUGUGCUACUCCGCCUAUCUGCAUCUCUGAUGCUGAAUCACCUGCCGCAGAACAUUGCACUCAUACAUUUUAAACAGAGGUUAGGAGGGUGACAUAAUGUGUAGUGACUGCUCUGAGUCAGCAGGCAGACUGUAUAAGGAAAGUGUUGGUCAUCUGAAAAAAAGCAACAGAGGAGGUAUACUUAUUACCUCAAACAUCUCAUACAUGCAGCAUAAUAACAGUGAUCAUGCCUUAGAAGCAUAAAAGAAGAUGUAGGAAUGCUCCUUGUUUCUACACUCAAUCAUGCUGACAUCAUAUCAUAGAAAAAAACGUUCUCAGUAGCCUCAGCAGCAUAACUUCAGCACAUGAAAGAGAAUAAAUAAGCGCACAGAGAGAAAGGAGCUCAUAAUUAGCAGCUUUCUCAAAGCACAUUAGACUGUGAAGUGAAGGCAAACACUUGGAUGUCACAUUAAAGAUGUUUCUGUGACUAAACCAGUUAAUGAUGAAAACAGACCCAAUCUGGGAGUAAUUGCAGGUGAUGUUUUUUGACAGACUUUAAUGCAUUUGUGGGAAGCUUGCAUAACAUCUGCACUGACUGACUUGCCCACCAAUCCAAAAAAAAAAAGUAAUUUUGUACUUUGUGCUGUAAUGUGUUUAAGACUCUGUUACAGUCUGUGAGAAAUGUGAUAUCUAUUUUCUCUAUGUUGUGAAAUGUACAUAAAUACCUGCUGUCUAGUGUCAAUAAAAGACAAAAGAAUGUAUAUUUGAAAACAGGGAAAGACAGAAGUUUAAAGUUAUGAAAAUACUGAAAAACUGUCGACAUAAAAUAUUGUAUAUUAAAAUCUAUUGUCUAUUUUUCAUGUUGAAAAUAAAGUGUUUAUUGUGAAA